AAGAAAAUUGCGGCGGCAGCAUUCGACUACGAAAGCGACGGUCGAUGGGCUGAUUACUGGUCCAAUAUCCUCAUCCCUCCUCACAUGGCUUCUCGUCCCGAAGUCGUCGACCAUUUCAAGCGCAAAUUCUACCAACGCUACAUCAUACAUACUCUCUUCCCUCUUCAAGUUAUGCUUAUCUAUCCUUCGUUGCUUUUGAGUUUCGACUUUGAGUUUGUGCUGACUGAUUUGGUUGAGAACUUUGAAUCUUAGGUUUUACAAGUGUGUUUGUUGCAGUUGCUUGAUUUUUUAACGAUUGGGGAGUUUUGAUCUUCUUUCUACUAAAAUUUGCGUAGUCAUUGGGUUCGAAUCUCCCCUUGAUUAGGUUAUAUUAAGCAGAGGGAUCCUGAUCUUGUUGUGGAGCCUAUGUCGACUUCAUCUUCGUCUUCACAAUCUGCUAGACCAUCUGCUACAUCUGCAUCUUCAACGCCGUCUUCUAAUGCAAAUGAACAAGUUCGUUCACGUAACUCAGGAUCGGUUCCUCGAGCCUCUGGGCCAUCUGCUACGGCAGGUGCAAACCCAAGUUCACUGCGCUGUGAUCAGCAGACGAUUCAGUUUUCAGUCAAUGCUUGGGUUUUUGUUAUAGCUGUGCUGGCAGUGCUACCUCUAGUACCAAAGAACCUCUCAACUAGGGCUUAUCGUCUAUCUUUCAUGGGAACUGCGUGCUCAUCUCUAUACUCCUUAUACUCCUUAUACGGGAGGCCAAGGGCAUGGAAUAUGCAAGGGCUGCAAGUUUAUUUACAAUCAAUUGUGGCAGCAAAGGAUUUCAUCUAUUUCAUCUACUGCCUUACAUUCGUCACUUCACAUCUCUGUCUCAAGUUUGCUUUGAUUCCCAUCUUGUGCCGGGCGCUUGAACAAGUAGCCAAGUUCUUGAGGCGUAACUUCGCUCGGUCCACUAUAUACAGAAAGUACUUGGAAGACCCUUGUGUGUGGGUGGAGUCAAACACUACUACUCUCAAUAUCCUGUCAUCGCAGGCUGAGAUAGCCAUUGGCUUCCUUCUGAUUAUCUCUCUGCUCUCAUGGCAACGCAAUAUCAUACAGACGUUUAUGUACUGGCAGCUAUUGAAGCUGAUGUAUCAAGCACCGGUAACAGCGGGUUACCACCAGAGCACGUGGAGCAGAAUAGGGAGGACGGUGAAUCCGAUUAUCCAACGUUACGCUCCAUUCUUGAAUACACCGGUCAGUGCCGUUCAGAGAUGGUGGUUCAGGUGAUAGUAAACAAACAAAAAAUGCAGAGGUGACAUUUGAAACCCCCUUUGAAAAACCAGAAGAUUUAUUAUAGCUUUUAACAAUCCGUCUUUCAUUUCA